ACGGAGAGAGAGCGGCGGGGACACCCGGCUACCGCACGGGAACGCAUCGGUACAGGCUCUGCCCACUCUCUGCCCACUCUCUGUCCUCACCCUGCCCCAGGCUCGAUGCGGGCCGGCGCUGGCCAUGGAGAAGCUGUACCUGGCGGGGAGCAGCACCUGGAUCAUCAACAGCUCCCUGGGGAACGGCAGCCUCCGGCUGGAGAACCUGAGCGCCGGCAGGAACAGCACCGCCGACCCCCUGAAGAGGAACGAGGACAUGGCCAAGGUGGAGGUGACAGUCCUGUGCCUCAUCCUGUUCCUCGCCCUGACCGGCAACCUGUGCGUGCUCCUGGCCAUCCACACCACCCGCCACAAGCACUCCCGCAUGUACUUCUUCAUGAAGCACCUGAGCAUCGCUGACCUGGUCGUGGCCAUCUUCCAGGUGCUGCCCCAGCUCAUCUGGGACAUCACCUUCAGGUUCUACGGGCCAGACUUCCUCUGCCGCUUGAUCAAGUACUUGCAGGUAGUGGGAAUGUUUGCUUCCACCUACAUGCUCCUGCUGAUGUCCCUGGACCGCUGCUUGGCCAUCUGUCAGCCGCUGAGGUCCCUGCACAGGAGGGCUGACCGGGUCUCUGUCCUCCUCACCUGGCUGCUGUGCCUGCUGGUCAGCAUCCCUCAGAUCCACAUAUUUUCUCUAAGGGAUGUGGGGAAUGGGGUUUAUGACUGUUGGGCAGAUUUCAUCCAGCCCUGGGGACCGAAAGCCUAUGUUACCUGGAUCACCCUCAUGGUCUAUAUCAUCCCUGUGUUGAUGCUGAGCAUCUGCUAUGGCUUAAUCAGCUUCAAAAUCUGGCAGAACGUGAAGCUGAAGACGACUCACGGGCCCAGCGUGGGUCUGGGCUCGGGCUCCCGCGGCGGGAUGGUGUUUGCCAGGGUCAGCAGCACCAGGCUCAUCUCUAAAGCCAAGAUCCGGACAGUCAAAAUGACCUUUAUCAUCGUGCUGGCGUUCAUAGUGUGCUGGACUCCCUUCUUCUUCGUGCAGAUGUGGUCUGUGUGGGACACCAACGCCCCGCAGGAAGCCUCCCCCUUCAUCAUCGCCAUGCUCCUGGCCAGCCUCAACAGCUGCUGCAACCCCUGGAUCUACAUGCUCUACACCGGGCACCUGUUCCACGACCUGAUGCGCCGCCUCCUCUGCUGCUCCGCGCGCUGCCUGAAGUCGCGGCCGGCGUGCGAGCUGAGCAAGAAGAGCAACUCCUCCUCCUUCGUCCUCAGCUGCAGGGGCACGAGCCAGAGGAGCUUCAUGCAGCCGUCCACGACGUGA